GGUUAUUCUGCCUUAGCCCGCCUAUAAAAAUGCUAUUGGCUGUUACCUGGCUUGGCCAAAGUACAGACAGAAUGUCUUCUCUCGCCAUUCAGUGCAUUUGUUAUUUUGGCUGAAAGAAAAUAAGCAGGACCCUGCGCUUCCAGAGCAAAGAUGGAGCAACAGGACGCAGUCAGGAGGGAAGGGAAGCUGAUACCAGUGCUUGCUCUGGCGACGCUGAUAGCUGCCUUUGGGUCAUCCUUCCAGUAUGGGUACAACGUGGCUGCUAUUAACUCCCCUGCCAAGCUCAUGAAAGCAUUUUAUAACGAGACCUACUAUGACAGAAUCGGUGAAUACAUAAGCGAAUUUUCCUUGACCCUGCUGUGGUCGGUUUCUGUGUCCAUGUUUCCCUUUGGAGGCUUCCUCGGCUCCCUCAUGGUCGGCCCCUUGGUGAAUAAAUUAGGCAGAAAAGGAACCUUGCUGUUCAACAACAUCUUUUCCAUCGUGCCUGCGAUCUUAAUGGGAUGCAGUGAAGUUGCCAAGUCAUUUGAGAUGAUAAUUGUGGCCAGACUUUUGGUGGGAAUAUGUGCAGGUCUGUCUUCCAAUGUCGUCCCUAUGUACUUAGGGGAGCUGGCCCCUAAGAACCUGCGGGGGGCCCUGGGGGUGGUGCCCCAGCUCUUCAUCACCGUCGGCAUCCUUGCGGCCCAGAUCUUGGGUCUUCGGAGUCUCCUCGCAAACGAAGAAGGCUGGCCCAUCCUCCUCGGCGUGACCGGGAUCCCCGCGGCACUGCAGCUCCUUCUGUUGCCCUUCUUCCCCGAGAGCCCCAGGUACCUGCUCAUUCAGAAGAAAGAUGAAGCGGCUGCCAAAAACGCGCUGAGGGAACUGCGCGGCUGGGACGACGUGGACGCCGAGACACAGGAGAUCUGGGAGGAGGACAGGGCCGAGAAGGCCGCCGGCUUCAUCUCCGUGCUGAAGCUGCUCAGAAUGAGGUCCCUGCGGUGGCAGGUCAUCUCCAUCGUCGUCCUCAUGGGCGGCCAGCAGCUGUCGGGAGUGAACGCGGUACCAGGGCAGCCGGGGCCGGGGCAGCGGGCAGGCACGGGGGCGGGGGCGGGGAGGGAUCCGCUGAGGGGUCCAGGCUGCCCGGCCGGCCUCACCAGCCUCGGGGGUGGCCUUCCAGAUCUACUACUACGCAGACCAGAUCUACCUGAGCGCUGGGGUGAGGGCACAGGAUGUCCAGUAUGUGACGGCGGGCACAGGCGCGGUCAACAUGCUGAUGACCAUCUGCGCCGUUUUCGUGGUGGAGCUCCUGGGGAGGAGAGUCCUGCUCCUCCUAGGCUUCUCCAUCUGCUUCACCGCCUGCUGCGUGCUGACUGCCGCCCUGGCUCUGCAGGACACAAUAUCCUGGAUGCCCUACGUCAGCAUCGCCUGCGUCAUCUCCUAUGUCAUAGGACAUGCCCUUGGGCCCAGUCCUAUCCCCGCACUGCUCAUCACCGAGAUCUUCCUGCAGUCCUCCCGGCCGGCCGCCUACAUGGUGGGGGGCAGUGUCCACUGGCUCUCCAACUUCACUGUGGGCUUGAUCUUCCCAUUCAUUCAAGUGGGCCUCGGAGCUUACAGCUUUAUCAUUUUUGCCAUGAUAUGUGUUUUCACCACCAUCUACACCUUCCUGGUUGUCCCCGAGACCAAGUCCAAGACCUUCAUAGAAAUCAAUGAGAUCUUCACCAAGAUGAACGAAGUGUCAGAGGUGCACCCAGAAAAGGAGGAGCUAAAGGACUUUCCACCCUCUACUGCGGGGCAGUAACUCGAGAGGAGGAGCCUGUGAAUCAGGUCUGCGUGGAGCUUCCCUCCUGGGCUAUGAAUCCAGAACUAGGACAAGUCCGGUGUGGAAGGCAGGCCCUGAUGAGACUGUCGUAAGGGCUUCUGUGCAGUUCUUAAAGCCAGGCUGUCUCUUUCCAUGUUGACCCAUCACCAACCCCAAGGCACGCCGGGCAGCUGUCCCUCAGCCAUGCUGGGUCAGCCAUUGUGUGGCUCCUGGCAACACCGGCUCUUAUAAUGAAAGCCAUUACCGUGGUGUUGAGAUGGAAGGAAUCAAACGUGGCCAAAGAAACUAGUUCUUCUCCAAUCCCGUAGUCUUCCGGGGGCCACGGGCCCAUGUUCAGGGUGGAAUCCAUCCUCUUGUCAGAUCCAUCUCCAGAAACACUAGUUUUGAAAAGUAUGAUGUCGUGAGUAAUGAAGUCUAGGAAUCUGGGAAGCAGGUCCCUGUGGAGACUUUAACCA